CUUCGUCCGCACGGCCCUCGUGAGGCGGCUCCACGUCUCUGAAGUGUGUAUUUUAAAAAGCAAAAACAAAUUUAAAUCGUAUUUAACAACAAAACGGUAAUAACAACGUGAAUGCAAAUGUUGUCCAGUUUGCGUCGACGUGCCUUGUGUGAGUUCUAAGCGGUGGCUCUUGCCGCGCUUGCGUUCAAAUGAAUGGAGGCCUAAGCAAGGAUGCGCUGUAGCAAUUAUACAUGUUUAACACUGCUAGAGUGGGUGGUAUAGUGAUAAUAUUUAUUUUAAAUAAUACUGUCUUGUACCACCACUACAAUUAACUUAUUUUGUGAGUCCUGGUUCCCUGUGGAUUGUCGCAUCGCAAGGUCGUGAGAGUUGUGCUGACACCAUGAGAUCGGGAGCCUUGCUGGGUGCUGGGCUGGCGUGCGUCCUGCUCAGCCUCCUCCAGGGCAGCGCAUGGGCCACCGAGGGCAAAAAGAAGCUCCAGAUCGGAGUGAAGAAGCGCGCAGACAGCUGUCCCAUCAAGUCACGCAAGGGCGACACCCUCCACAUGCAUUACACCGGUACGUUGGAGGAUGGGACGGAGUUUGAUAGCAGCAUCCCACGCAACCAGCCCUUCAUCUUCACUCUGGGCACGGGCCAGGUCAUCAAAGGCUGGGACCAGGGUCUGCUUGGAAUGUGUGAAGGCGAGAAGAGAAAGCUGGUCAUCCCGCCUGAACUUGGUUACGGGGAUCGAGGAGCACCACCAAAAAUUCCUGGUGGCGCGACCUUGGUGUUUGAAGUGGAGCUUUUACAAGUAGAGCGUCGAGCGGAGCUGUAAUCCAGCACGAACAAAACAAAUCAUUCCUACAAAUUGCAAAUGCAUUAAUAAAUUCUACUACUACAAAAAAAACAGUUCCGCUUCCUUGAUAAUUUUUCAUGGAAAAUUUUACGCAUUGCUGUUUUUGUUUAGUACAGUAAUGUAUACUGAUUCAUUCCAAAACUUUAAGUCUACCCAUUCAGAUUUACUGUCGUGCUAUAUUUUAGUUUUUUUUGUCCGUGCACAUUUUUGUAAUAUUAAACAAAUGUGGAGUAUUGAAUUUAAUCUCCCAAUUUGGACCGUGAAUGGUCUUUUGCCCCAGUGAACAUUGUAAAUUACCCUUUUUUAUGGUUUCUUCAUGGCCCUGCCAGCACAACAUCAUCAUCUUAUUUACCUUGCCAACAUCCCCCCCCCCCGCCGCUUGUAUUUAAUAAAAAAAAAUCAACGGCUAAAAGCUCCCAGUUCUGUGCGUUGCACGGAAAAUUUAACAAUUGAUGGGCAGUAGCGCCGGCGAGUUUACGGUUUCAUUUGCAUCGCCGGUUAAAAGGCCAACACAAAAAAAAGGAUUUGCAGAAAACACCUUGUGGCUUGUCCGUCUUGUGCACCUCGUGCUUUCUGCAGCGGAAGAUUACGCAACAUUAGCCCAUGGUUGAGUGUGCCAUUUCAACGUCGACUGAACUCCCACGUGAUGCUCGAGUGAGCACAUCAUUCGCCUGAUGUGUAGUUUUAAAAAGUGACCUUUACAAAAGCCUCGAGGUCAGUGGGUAUUGCGUUAUUGCAUAUCCCAAAACUCCCGUCGAUAGUAUGCUUUACUGUGCAAAAAAAAGGCAUCGUUAAAUAAACGUAUGCUUCCGA